GGAGAGGAAGGUUCUCCAGGAUCUCCAGGACGACUUGGGGAGCCGGGCAGAGAAGGAUAUCCUGGCCAACCUGGUAUUCCCGGCGAGAGUGGUAAGCCUGGAAAAGUGGGUGAACCAGGAGCUCCCGGUAGAGAAGGUAUUCGUGGAGCCAAGGGACCAAUGGGAGACAAGGGAGAACCAGGACCACAAGGCCAGAAAGGGCCGGCUGGAUAUCCAGGACGCGACGGACAACGUGGAAGCGAUGGUAAGCGAGGUCGGACCAGCAGGACCGGCUGCCCGCAGUUCAGCCUGGGAAUGGCCCGCGGAGAACUGGACAGCGGGUAUUAUCGGGGAGCAACCUUGGACAACCUGGACCGGAUGCAAACUACUGUAAAUGCCCAGAACGCUAGUCUGGGUGUCAACCGAUAUGCCGACAAGCCAAAGACAACCGUGGCUCCACCAGCACCACCUGUGGGUUACGAUACUCCUCCAGCAGCAGUACAUGGGAGGCUUUAUGAUAAGCCCAUGUUCGGGUGA